CCUGCUGUGUCUCCACCUCCUCCUCCUCCUCUUCCUCCUCCUCCUCCUCCUCCUCCUCCUCCUCGUUCUCCUCCUCCUCCUCCUCCUCCCGGCUGCCGGCUUCCUAGUCUCCUGACGGCCCUGAGCCCGCGAGCUGGCGCUCUCCGUUAUGGCGACCCGCAGCCCUAGCGUCGUGAUCAGUGAUGAUGAACCAGGUUUUGACCUCGACUUAUUUUGUAUUCCUAAUCACUACAUCGAGGAUUUGGAGAAGGUGUUUAUUCCUCAUGGACUAAUUAUGGACAGGACAGAGCGGCUCGCUCGUGACGUGAUGAAGGAGAUGGGAGGCCAUCACAUUGUAGCCCUAUGUGUGCUCAAGGGGGGCUACAAAUUCUUUGCUGACCUGCUGGAUUACAUCAAAGCACUAAACAGAAACAGUGACCGAUCAAUUCCUAUGACCGUCGAUUUCAUCAGACUAAAGAGUUACUGCAAUGACCAGUCAACUGGGGACAUAAAAGUCAUCGGUGGAGAUGACCUGUCAACGUUAACUGGAAAGAAUGUCUUGAUCGUGGAAGACAUCAUUGACACUGGCAAAACAAUGCAAACUUUGCUGUCCUUGGUCAAGCAGCAUAAUCCCAAGAUGGUCAAGGUUGCAAGCUUGCUGGUGAAAAGGACACCUCGCAGUGUUGGAUACAGACCAGACUUCGUUGGAUUUGAAAUUCCAGACAAGUUUGUCGUGGGAUAUGCCCUUGACUAUAAUGAAUACUUCAGGGACUUGAAUCAUGUUUGUGUCAUCAGUGAAAAUGGAAAGGCCAAGUACAAAGCCUAAGAUGUGAGAGUUCCAGUUAGAUACGGAAACCCUGGAAUUCCAGUGAAGACACCAUUAAAAUUAGCAAAUGUUCCAGUUCUGUGGCCAGCUGCUUAAUUGAGCUUAUUGCAUGCAUCCUCUAUGAAUCGUGUCUGUUUGGGAUUUUAGAAAUGUCAGUUGCUGCAUUCCUGAACUCUUUUAUUUGCACUAUGAGCCUAGACUAUCAGUUCCCUUUUGGUGGAUUGCUGUUUGUUUGACUCAUGAAUGAAUUCUCUCUCAAGUGACACCACUACUGAAUGGAAAGAUUGAAAUUGUAUCUGUGAGAAACAUUGAAAGAGAAGAUAUAUUAGUUUUGUAAUUGGUAGCUCUUUUUAUAUAUUAAGGAAAGAACAGGAGUGUGGGAUGGUUGUUAAUGAUGCCACUGUUGUUUAGUACAGAAGCAGUCCGUUAGCGCAGCGACAACAGCACCUUGGAGGUGGUGUUAAGGGCAGUUAAACCACGCAGCCUGGAAUUAUUUUAGUAACGUUUCUGUAGUACUAACUGUUAUUCUCCUGCUUAUUUGGAUUUUUUCGGGUGAUUUGUUAACAGUUGUUUCUUUUCAAUAUCCAAAUCAAUAAGUUCGAGAAACUUUACCACUUUUUCAAUUCUGAAGUGUAUUUGAUCUUAAAAUAAAGGCUGUCUCUUUAAAAACAAA